AAAGCAAAGAAACGCAACCUUUCUUUGUGUUUCCGUGUUUUAUUUUUCGAAUUUCUUAUAAGAAACAGAACAAAGAAACAGCCAUUCAAAAAGAAAAAAAUACAAAAGUUUGUGAUUAUUAUUGUAGAAUCUUAAUUAGCAGUAGCGUUUAGAGAUCAAAAUACAAAGUGGAAGGCUAAAACUGAUACAAGAAUCAAGAAUUGUAAUAGUAGAAUGGGUCAAGCUUUUCGGAAACUCUUCGAUACUUUCUUCGGCAACACCGAGAUGCGAGUUGUGAUGCUGGGGCUGGAUGCAGCUGGUAAAACAACAAUACUUUACAAACUACACAUUGGAGAGGUCUUAUCUACCGUCCCAACAAUCGGGUUCAAUGUGGAGAAAGUUCAGUAUAAGAAUGUGAUGUUCACUGUUUGGGAUGUCGGUGGACAAGAGAAAUUAAGACCACUUUGGAGGCAUUAUUUUAAUAAUACAGAUGGCCUGAUCUAUGUUGUUGAUUCCUUAGAUCGUGAGAGAAUUGGAAGAGCAAAAGCAGAGUUCCAGACCAUCAUCAAAGACCCAUUUAUGCUAAACAGUGUCAUCUUGGUGUUUGCCAACAAACAAGACAUGAAAGGAGCAAUGACGCCGAGGGAAGUAUGUGAAGGAUUAGGUCUUUUUGAACUCAAGAACAGAAAAUGGCACAUACAAGGGACUUGCGCGGUGAGAGGAGAUGGCCUCUAUGAAGGAUUGGACUGGUUGGCUUUAACUUUGAAAGAAAUGAGAGCUGCUGGAUACUCGUCAGUGGGAACAUCGUCAUUCUAACUUUCCGCGUUUACUUGAAGUCCCAAGGUUUAUAUCGAUGAAGUUGAAGGGCUGGCGUAUGCAUCUUCUUUGGAGGAAGUUUCAGAAUUGUAAUUGAAUAUUUUUACGAGUUGUCUGAAGAGAAUGCAGUUUAUUAGGGUUCUUAAUCUUACCUUUGGCUGUAUUUGUUAACCUGUGACUUCCAACAAUGUAAAUUGAGGUGCUGAUGAGUGAUCAGAACUUGUCAUUGCUAGUUAAUAUGGAUUUUGAGAAUAUAUGAAUACGUAGAUUUCCAUUCCA